AUGUCUGAUCGCCACCCAGCGGCCCGGUGCCUGCACCACUGGCCAACACGGACGUUAUGCCUCUUCCUGAUUAUCAUACAAGCGGCUUCUUUGAACUGGUAUCUAAUGGAUCAUCUGUCCUUCACAUGGGCGGCGAUGUACGUCGCUGACGCCUUCAUGAUUACGCUUUUCAUUGCCUCAUUUUUUAUGGCAACCUCGAAUAUCCACCAUGAGAAACACAGCAGUAAUCCAGUCUUAGCUUCGGGCACGCAUCUUCCUCUCUGCUAUAGUUCGUGGUUUGCCUAUGCAAUAGUGUUGGAUAUCAAAGUUAUUAUGGUAUUCACGAAAUUCUCCACAGAUCUUGAUGAAGAUAGUUUCUUUGGGCCAAACACCAUGAAGACAUCUAUCGCCCUCGCUGGGUUAGUAUUCUUGACAUUUUUACCCACCCAACAUGACGCCAGAGCUGAGCAUAGAAGGCAAAAUAUCAACACAUUGACUGCCACCGUAAUAUUUGACAUUCUAGACGGAGUUGAUAACUUAGAGAAUCUUUUUGACAAAGAUGUGCGUGAUUCUUAUCCGCCCGGCCUUGACGAUGCAAUUAUUGGGAUUUGCUGCGUUAACUUCCUGUUACCCACAGUUCCAUUGUUUACGUUAGCGAAAACGAGGUUCGGACUGACUAAACUUCCGGAAAAGCUAGAAAUCCUUCACAAAGUCGCUAUCGCAUAUUUAGUGAACUUGCCGUUGUUUAUCACACGGAUGGUCACAUGGCAUGGCAUAUCAGCGGGCAUUUCGAUAUUUUUGUUGAAGAAUGUUGUUGCAAUGGGGGUUGUGACUUUUGAGUUGGUGGAACACCUUUGUCGUAAAGCCCCUGAAAGAGUCUCAGAUAAAGAGCUAGACCAAUAG